GACCCCUUAAAACCUAUCAACCUCUCCGUGUGCGUAGCAUCUUUUUCUUCUCCAUCCAGCUAAUGAGCAAUACCUGUAAAUCUGUUUGCUGCGUCAAUGUGUUCUCUCCCAAAGAGGGAUUGGUUGAACAUGAACCCAUGGUCCAGACAAAACCACUCAUCAGUGUUUUGCCUGUGUCCAAAAAGGUUGAUGGGGUGACUACAAAACUCAUUAACGGUGUCACAGCGGCGUUUUUCAUGUCAAUGGAACGGUGCUCGUGUAUCAGAAUUGGCACGAAACACGACUCCGAUGAUGGUGAUAGCUUGCCCUUGAUUCGCGAACUUGAUGAAAUCCACCGGAAGAUCAGGAUCGAAAAUGGGGAAAGCUGUAACAGGAGGGAGAAUAAGGCAGAUGGUGCAGGUGAAGGUAAGGGGGAUGUCAAAUAG